CUGCAUGGGCCCGUGGUGCGAUGUGGCAGAGCGCCGCCUGGUGUUCACCCGCGACAUUCAGCGAUAAGUGACACUCUGGGAGGGGAAGCAGAACAAACUGUAAGCUGCUGGGGGAUCCAUCUUGCUCGAAAAAGAAACGAGGGUGAAGCAUUUUCCAGUUCAGCAUCUCAGAAACUGUAUCGGUCCCCCCGUUGAGCGCGCUGGGGAGCCCGAGGAGGGGCUGUGUCGCUGCUUGUAGGAUGUCCCGACAUGAGGGUGUGAGCUGUGAUGCAUGUUUAAAAGGGAACUUUAGAGGAAGACGGUUCAAGUGUUUAAUUUGCUACGACUACGACCUGUGUGCAUCGUGCUACGAGAGCGGAGCCACAACAACAAGACACACCACAGAGCACCCCAUGCAGUGUAUAUUAACUAGGGUAGACUAUGACUUGUAUUAUGGAGGAGACACUUUCUCAGUAGAGCAACCCCAGUCAUUCACAUGUCCUUACUGUGGCAAGAUGGGCUUCACAGAGACGUCCCUACAGGAGCAUGUCACCUCAGAGCAUGCAGAGACCUCCACAGAGGUGAUCUGUCCAAUAUGUGCUGCCUUGCCUGGAGGGGACCCCAACCACGUCACAGACGACUUUACAGCUCACCUAACACUCGAACACAGAGCGCCAAGAGAUUUAGAUGAGUCCAGCAGUGUUCGACAUGUACGCAGGAUGUUCCACCCUGGACGAGGACUGGGCGGUCCCAGAGCACGACGCACAAAUAUGCACUUUACUAGCGGCUCCACAGGAGGGCUUUCAUCCUCCUCAUCACAGAGCUCCACUUAUACCCCUAGUAACAGAGAAGCAAUGGACCCAAUUGCAGAGUUGUUGUCUCAGCUGUCAGGUGUGAGGCGUGCAGCAGGGGGGCAAAUAAACUCGUCAGGGCCUUCGGCCUCCCAGCUCCAGCAGCUCCAGAUGCAACUGCAGUUGGAGCGGCAGCAGGCUCAGGCAGCACGACAGCAAGUGGAAACGGGCCGCCACGCAACACGACGCAGCAACAACCCGGGCAACACUGGCACCGCCAUCCCUCCACCCAGCACAGCAACUGCCAACACUGCCACUGCGGGUGAAAGCAACUCCUCAUCCUCAUCCCACAGCUCCCAGUUCCUAUUAGCACGGUUGAAUGAACCUAAGAUGUCCGAAGCAGAGCGGCAGUUUCUAGAAGGAGAGCGCGCAGACCGCAGCCUGUUUGUCCAGGAGCUGCUUUUGUCUACGCUGAUGCAUGAGGAGAGCUCCUCUUCUGACGAGGACGAGCGCCGAGACUUCGCUGACUUCGGAGCCAUGGGCUGCGUGGAUAUCAUGCCUUUAGAUGUGGCGCUGGAGAACCUCCAGCUUAGAGAGAGCAGCUCCACGGGGAAGGAGCCUCCGCCGCCUCCUCUUUGAUGUCCGAGCAUCAAGCAGACUGUGUCCUCUCUGCUGCAACUGUCAGUGAUGGGCAGCAAACAGCAGCAGUCCUUCUGGGCCUCACCUUCCUUUCUCCCUCUAUUUUCUGAGUUUGUUUUUGGUGAUUGUAAUUUCAGGCCUGUCACCAUUUUUGUUACAUUGUAAACAAAAAUAAAUGAGAGCAAGUGCGAUAAAUGUACGAGUGCGCAAUAGCAACUGAGUGAGCGAGCGAGAGAAGAGAAAUAUAUAAAUAUAUAUAUAAAAUAUAUAUGAAGUUGAUAAUCAAUCCACAUAACUUUUCUUUUCUUUAUCAGGUAAAUGUUACAGGCAGCUGUGGCAGACCUUUGCUUCCUGUGACAUGCAAACGGCUCUCCGUAUAAAUACUCCACAUUCAAAAGUCAAGAGAGCAUAGGCUCCUCUGAUGAAGCUGCUGUGUGUGUUUAUGACUAUUAAUAAAUAAAAAGUGCUUGGAUGGGUUACCAUAACUACUGCAUGCAGUUAUUUGCAGCGUGCAUGACUUUUAAUGACCUUGUCAUUAAAACUUUUUUUUUUAAA